AUGAUUCAAACUGAUCAUGACAUCCACAGUUGGCAGCGUUCAGACUCAUAUUUGCAUUUGUUACUAUACAUACGUCGCCUCGGUGAAUCUGUGGUCGGUGCUGAAUUGAGAGCUGCCGAUCAGAAAAUUGAAACCGAAGAAGCUAUUGGGCAAAUUCUUGUAUUAUUGGAAGAGCUGGAAUCCUGGAUUGACGAUAUUCCUCCUCAAGCAUCUCCUCAGCGCUACGGAAACCUUGCGUUUAGGGAUUGGGGUAAACGUCUAGAAGAGCGGUGUGAAGCAUUACUAGGGCCAUUGUUCCCAGAGGGGUCGCGCAAAGUCGUCCCACACCUAAAGCCAUACCUCAUGACCUCAUUUGGAUCGUUUGUCAGGAUCGACUAUGGUACAGGACACGAGUUAUCAUUCGUCGUAUUUCUCCUGUGCCUUCAUAAACUGGGGCUCCUUCCCGACGAGCCAGAGGUGGAUAAGAGCACAGUUCUGGACGUUUUUGUCAAGUACCUUCAUCUCUGCUGGAAACUCCAAGAUACAUAUAAACUGGAACCCGCCGGGAGUCAUGGGGUUUGGGGGCUUGACGACUACUCGUUCCUUGGUUACUAUUGGGGUAGUGCUCAGUUAAAGGAAAAUUUGAAUGCGAAGCCUUCAAGCGUGCUUCAGGUUCCCCUUCCAAGUCGCCCUUCAGACUUAUAUACACUUUCAAUUGCACGGGUCAGGUCAAUCAAAUCGGGUCCAUUCCAUGAACAUUCGCCACAGCUCUACUCCAUUGCAUCUUCAGUUCCGGUUUGGAGCAAGGUCAAUUCAGGGCUCCUCAAAAUGUAUGAGGCCGAGGUGCUUUCGAAGCGCGUCGUAGUUCAACACCUUCCUCUAGGUGAACCAUUAAUGCCAUUCAGUAGCAAUAAUGUACAAACCCCACACUAUUCCGACACUUCUCGACACACAUCAAACCAAGCAAGCCGUAUCAAUGUAGUUCCCCCACUUGGUGGAUCUAAUCUACUACCUCCGCUUCGCCAAGUCCCGAGAACCCCUUCACACGCAAUGCCUGGACUAACUUCGCCAUUCAUGGGCUCGUCUGGUGGCGCAAGAUUCACGGUCUCAAGGGCAGCAGGGCGGGGAAAUAUUCCUGGGGCUAUGGGCCCACGCGAAGUUGAAGCACCAUUGGCCUCAACGACCAUGGGGCCACCACCCACCCUGACCGGAAAUACCAUGUCCCAUCCUUCUGUUAAAGGGGGAGAUCAUACAAAUGUUGAAAACGGAACCUCAGAACGCGAGAACCAAACUGGUAAAGGGGAAGAUUAA